AUGCUCUCAGGACACAUACCUGGAGGUGUCCAUGGGAUUCUUUCUCUGAUAACCGUGGUGUUCGUCCUGCCAGAGGUGUCUGGGCUCCAGUGCUAUGGCUGCAACAUCAUCGUUGGCACCAAGAACGUGGACAUGGGGUGCUCUAACCCGGAGGUGAUCACCUGCUCCCACUCCCACCAGGGCUUCAAGCACCGGUUCUGCAUUAAGACAGAGAGUGUGGUCCUGGGCAUCCUGCUGGCCAGCGGCUGUGCCACCUCCCGGCACUGCCAGCAGCAGGAGUUGCCGGGGGUCCGCAUCCACUGCUGUGACACAGACCUCUGCAACGGGGCCCCCCGAGCCCCCCAGCCAUCCCCCAGCCUCACUGGCAGCUGUCUGCUGCUGCCCUGCGUCCUUGCUGCCCUCCUCCUCUCCUGA